AAGCUAAUUGACAGAAAUGAUCAUCAAUUCGACUUCACACAGUUAAAUCUUCUGUCAACAAUUCAACUUUUGUUAAUAAACUCUUUAGUUUUACCUCGUUCCUAAAAUGAAUCAAUUAGCCUUAAUUUCACUGAUUGUCCUCUCAUCAACCCUUUCCGUCUACGCUUACCCUCAACUCGGAUCCAGCUUGUCACCUGGUCGAUGCCCACAAACAACUGAAAUUGAAGGAGGCUUCAACCUUACUCAAUAUCUUGGAAAAUGGUAUGAAAUUAAACGAACUGGUUUAGUCUUCGAAUUUGGUCAACGUUGUGUCAAAGCUGAAUACAAACUCGACUCAGACGGCAAUGUUGCUGUAAACAACAGUGGAGUUAACUUGGUUAACUUUGAAGUCUACAGUGUUGGAACUGCCAAGCCAGGAACUCAGUCAAAUGUUUUCGCUGUCACCUUCUUCCCAUUGUCUCCAUCUUCACAAUACUGGAUUGUUGAUACUGAUUAUGAAACAUACUCUUUGGUUGUUUCAUGUAAUGAUGUUCUUGGUUUAUUCAACUUGAAGGACGCUUGGAUUUUAUCACGAAAACCAAAAUUAGAUGAAGAAAUUGUUAAGCGACUUGUUGAUAAAUUAGGCAAACUUGGAGUUCCAUCUUCCCUCCUCUCAACAACCACACAAAAUUGUGACAAAUAAAUGCGAUUCAGCCAUCAAGGAGUUGAAAAAAUUGAAUUUAAAAAUCUAAUAAAUAAUGAUUAUUUUUGAUAAUUAAAGUUGCAAUCCAAAAAUAUAAAAUUUUUAAUUUAUUUCAAUUACUACAUUGCAUGUAUUACAUUCAACAUCAAAUAUUAAUAUUUCAAAUCCAA